GUCCUCUGGUGCUUUGGCUUCCAGGACGUCCAGACUGGGCCAGGUCUGUCUGUUUAGUCAAAUAUCUCGGCGUUUUCAAAAAAUCCCCCACCUGCGCCACAAACCGCUCGGCAGGAGAGAACGGACGGGUUUUUUUGGCCGUCCUUCACGCUGCGCCCUGCCGUUUGCCAUCUCCUUAGCGCUGUGUCAAGUAAUCAGUUCUGCUGAAACUCGUUUGUUGGUUCCCGUGCCAGUCUCCGCUGGCAGCAGACUUCAUUUACACCUCGAGUCUGGAAGCAGGUCGGAGGAGUGCGAAAGAGCUAUAGGCUUUCCUUACACCCCUGUAGUCGUUUUCCUUCUGUUUUUGUCUUUGUUUUGUUUUGUUUUGGUUUAGGCGGGGUUUCGAUCGAUAGUUGUGUUUCCAUGGUUGGGAUUGGGUAAUGUCUGUGUAACGUGUCACUCCGCCCGGUCGAGUUAUUUUUAGCCUCAAAAAGACUGUUGCAUGGGUUGCUGUUUUUUUCACACAACGUGUCCAGACGCUGAAGAGUUACGGUCUGGCUUCAUGAGAGUGACAGGAGAAUAUGAACAUGGCGGAUUGACUCCUUUAGGGGCUUCUCUGGAUGAGCAGAGUGGCACACCAACCAAGGGAGUUCCAAGGAAUGGCUGCAGCUUUGAGGACGACCUCUCCUUGGGAGCAGAGGCCAACCACCUCCAGCCCAACGGCACCAAAGCAGAGGUCCCAUGCUAUGGGGUGCCAGCCCGAGAGAAGCGCACUCAGUUCAAGCAGAAAGGCAGGAGCAUGAACUCCACGGGCUCCGGCAGGAGCAACACCACAGUGUCCAGCGGCCUGUCUUCCCUCAGCGUGUCCGAGCUGCUGGACCUGUACGAGGAGGACCCCGAGGAGAUCCUCUACAACCUGGGCUUCGGCCGCGAGGAGCCCAACAUCUCCUCCAAGGUGCCCUCGCGCUUCUUCAGCGGCACGUCGGGCGCCCGCGGCAUCGACAUCAAGGUCUACCUGAGCGCCCAGCUGCAGCGCAUGGAGCUGGAGAACCCCAACUACGCCCUGACAAGUCGUUUCCGGCAGAUCGAGGUGCUGACCACUGUGGCCAAUGCCUUCUCGUCGCUCUACUCGCAGGUGUCCGGUCUGCCCGUGGAGAAGAUCGGUAACGUCAGUAGCGCCAGCCCCGGCGUUGGCGGCGGUGCCAGCACUGAUGCCGAGGGUGAUGCCAAGGAGCUGCCGCCCGUGCCCCGCGCCCGCGCCCACUCCCACUCCACGCUCAACGCCGUCAAGAUUCUCAAGAGGACCCUGACGCGCCACAACCUGCACGCCCCCGCCGGCUCGCCCGAGGCGGGCACGGCCACGGCCACGGCCACCAUGGCGCCGGCGGCGGCGGCAACGAACUCUGACCCCGGUAGCCCGGCGAUCGGCGGCGGAGGCGGCGGUGCUGCUGCUAGCAACGUUUCGGCGGAGGAGCACGCGCGUCUCGCCGAGGUGAAGCCGCAGAAGGCGUUCCGGAAGAAGGACUCGCCCUCGCUGGCCACGGUGGCCGAGGAGGCCGGACAGGGCAGCAGCGAGAGCAACGGGGACGCCUCGGACCCGGCCGCCGCCGCCACCGCCACGCCCGUCUCCGAGAGCCCAGAUGACCAGGCCCAGCCCCAGCCCGCUGCCCAGGUGGAGGGCCCCGCGCUGGGGACGGAGACCCCGGUACUGGUCAGCAUCAGUGGGGUCUCGGAGGAGAGCGACGGCGACGGAUCGAUCGGGGUCAACGUGAAGGAGCUGGGCAGCGACCUCCAGAGGGCCAUCACCUCCACGCCGGACAAAGAGCCGUCCAGCCUGCUGCCCAACCCGCUCCUCGACCACCUCCGCACCUCCCCCCAGGCCCGCGAGUCUUUCGAGAUGGACGAGCUGCAGGAAGACGAGCCUGGCACCCGAAGCACAUCUCGAGCUGGCAGUGAACUGCUGAGGACCGCCAGCCAGCAGUCAGACAGCAGUGGAUUCGCUGAAGACCCCUGCGCUGAUUGCUCUGCUAAUUAUCUGAAGGUCCAGGAGAGUUCGGACAGCUGCGACAGCGAGACCACGGUGACGUCCCACGCCGGCGACUCGGCCAACUCUCUGAGCACCGACGCCGCCGCCUUCGAAACGGACGCCCAGGCCGUCCUGCAGACGCACGGUGAGGAGGAAGAGCAGGAGGAGGAAGAGGAGGAGGAGGAGGAGGAGGGCAAGAAGGAGGUGCCUGAGUACACCAUCCACCAUUUCACCAGAGCGGCCGACGCGAUAGCCACGCAGCCGGUCGGCUCUGCAGACGAGCCUGGUCUGACCACUACAGAGUCCACUGCAGACGCCUCACCUCAGGCAGAGGCCGGCGUGUCGUUAGAACUCUCCUCACCCAUGGAGGCUCCGGCGGCCCAUGAGCUGGGUUCUCCCGCGGAACCGGGUUCCACCGCAGAACGCGGAAUCACCGCCGAUCUGGUGUCCGAGUCCGCGCCGGGCUCCGCUGGCGAGUCCAACGGCGGUUCUCCGGAAGGUUCCAAGCCCAGCGCGUCCGACCUGGUCCGCACGGCCCUGCACCGGGCGCAGGAGCGCUCCGCGAUGACCGGCGAAGACCGGACGAGUCGGGCGCCGGCGCCAGCGUCGGCCGACCGGGCCCAGGAGCUGCACAAGGGCCGUCUGGGGCGCAUGCAGCGGUCCAGCUCGCUGCCCGCCUCGCUGCUCAGCCCGUCGCGCGUGGUCUCCUCGCUGCGCGUCCAGCUGGGCCACGGCUCGGUGCGCCACUGCGCCACGCCCACCUUCUCCUACCGCUACACGCCCGACUCGGACGCCGCCGCCGCCGCCGACGCCAUCAGAGAGGAGGGCCGCAACGAGGACGAGGAGGAGGAGGAGGAGGGCGAGGAAGGGCGACGCAGCUGCCGGACCACCCUCAUCAUCAAAUCGCCGACGGCAGCGACGGCAUCGGACGGGCCGUUCUCACGCACCCCGUUGUCGGCGGUGCCCGGGCACCUGACCCUGUCCAGCAGCUCGCUCCACGGCGGGGCCCUGCACGACUGGCCCCAGCAGCGGGCUCUGGGCGAGGCCGGCGGCUGGAGUAGCGUGCCCAACCUCGCGCUGGGCCAGCAGCAUGCCCCCUCGCCCACACCCCACCACCACCACCACCAGCAGCACCACCAGCAUCCGCCCCACCAACUGCCCCACUUCCGCUCCCCCUACCCCGGCUCUGCCUACAACAGCCUGAACUCGUCCUUCAGCGGUGCCUUCCCCUACACGCCGUCCCCGUCCCCGUCGCCCUUCUUCACGCCCCCCCACAGCGCCUUCUUCACGCCGCCGCACAGCGCCAGCAUGCUCAACAGCGCCCCCUACGGCCCUCUAGCGCACGCUGCUUCACCCUUCAACUUCCCCUACCACCCCCAGCAGCAGCAGCAGCAGCAGCCUGACAGUCGGUACGGCUCCCCGCUCCCCCCUCACGCCCCCAGUCCAGCCCCGUCCUACAGCCCCCUGGUGCACCCCCACAGCGCCCCCUACAGCCUGCCGUACAGCACGCCGCCCCCCGGUGGCCUGGGUCAGGCCUACAGCGCGCAGUACUCGGGGCCGCCCUGCUUCCCCUUCCCCCACGAGCCGUCGCCCGCCGGCCCGCCGCCCGUCUCCACCACCGAGAUGCAGCUCCGCAGGGUCCUGCACGAGAUCAGGGGCACCGUCCAGAGCCUGGCCCGCGGCUCUACCCCGGGUCCUGACGACAUGCCCGCCGAUGCCUUCAGUCCACAGAGGUCCGUCCAGACGCUCUAUGAGGAUCUGCAGAUGAGGAAGAGGAGUUUGUGUGUGUUCCGCACGCAGAUGAUGGACCUGGAGCUGUCCCUGAUGAGGCAGCAGUCUCAGGUCUACCAGCACCUCAGUCAGGAGGAGAGGAUGGAGGCGGAACAGCUGCAGGCUCUGCGUGGUUCGGUCAGGCAGGAGCUGCAGGAGUUGGAGCUGCAGGUGGAGGAUCGGCUGCUGGCACUCAACGAACAGCUCCGUGCCGCUCAGCAUCGCGGCCUCUACUGCCACCCUAUGGUCAGUGGCUGCCACUACACCUUUUCCAUGCCACAGAAGUACAGGGCCAUGCACAGAGGUCACAGUCUGGACAGCAUGUCCAACGCCUCGGCCCUGGAGCCGAUGUCUGACCUCCUGCGGGAGCAGCUGUACCUGCAGUCGGAGCUGGGCUACGAGGGGGGCCUGAGCCGCGCCACCACCCCCAUGUCGGGCCGCUCCUCGGGCACCGUCAGCCCCGUGCGGAGCCACCGGGCCGCCUCGGGACGCUCGUCCCCCCAGAGGGGAGCCCUCUACCGGGCCACGGUCUGCCUCACCCCGGCCCCCCCUCCGCGGCCAGGCGUGGAGCCCCCCGAGCAGCCUCCGGCUGGGACGGAGGAGGAGGUGGUGGGUGGACAGGGGAGGACGGAGAGCUGCUCGCCGGCGGUGGAGCAGGGGAGUCAGCCAGCUAUUAACCCCCAUCUGCUGCAGGAGAGAGGGAGAGAGGAGGCAGCAGCAGCAGGAGGAGGAGCCGAUAACCCACACCUGCAGCAGCUGAUCAAAGAGAUCAAAGAAAGCAUCGCUAACGAGAUCCGCCAGGAGAUCGUGAGCGAGCUCCUCGCCGCCGUCGCCCCCAGGAGAGCCGUGGCGGUGUCGAGGGAGCAGCCCUGAGCCGAUCGCGUGCGCACACUCGCGCGCCAGGGUGGAUUUACGAGAGAGCUGAAGAAAAGAAGAAGGAGGAGGGAAAAAAAAACGGCACAAGCUUGGACUGAAGAGUUUGUGUGUUGAACACUGUUGAAGCCUGCACUGAGGAGAGACCUGCCUGGCCAGCUCAGACCGGUCCAAACUACCACCACCCACCCCACCCCCCCGCGCCGACUAGCCUCGGUCAUUCGGGGGAAAGAGACACACAUGGAACGCCUUUUUCUCCACACACCGACACUGCUGUAUGUGGACGAUGAUGCGCUGAUCAAAACUGUGACCCGGCUGCUUACUUGGGCCGGGCUGGGUGUGUGUGUGUGUGUGUGUG